CAUCGGCCCCGCCCGGCCAUGCAGCGGGGGGCGCCCCCCGCGGUGACGUUCGAGGAGGUGGCCGUGGGUUUCUCCCCCGAGGAGUGGGAGCAGCUCGUGCCGUGGCAGCGGGCGCUGCACCGCCGGGUCAUGUGCGACAACUACGAGCUGGUGGCCAGCCUGGAGCCGAGCCCCAAGUUCAGCCCCAUGAAGGAGGAGUCACCCGGGAGGGUUCCCAGCGGAGCCCCCGACACCAGCGACCCCUGUGCCCGGAGCGGCUGUGACAGCAAGGACGGCCCCGGGGGGCACCGGGAUCCGGCCGCGCCCACCGGCGGGGCCGAGGCGGACCCGGAGCGGCCUCACCUGUGCCGCACCUGCGGCAAAUCCUUCCGGCACCGCCGCAGCCUCCUGGCGCACAAGAAGCUGCGGGGAGGGGCGCGGGCCCGGCACGGCUGCGCCGAGUGCGGCCGCGGCUUCUGCCUGCGCGGGGACCUGCUGCGGCACCGGGACUCGCACCGGGCGCGGCCCGCGGGGCCCCGGCGCGGCCCGGCCGAGGAGCGGGCGGGCGACGAGCGGCCCUUCGCGUGCGGGCGCUGCGGGCUCCGCUUCAGCUGGAGGGAGAGCCUGCAGCUGCACCUGCGCGCCCACCGCGCCCCGCAGCGCGCCCACGCGUGCCCCGAGUGCGGCCGCGCGUUCCAGCAGCCGCGGCUGCUGGCGCUGCACCGGCGCGCGCACGCGGGCACGCGCCCCUUCCCGUGCGCGCGCUGCGGCCGCGCCUUCGCCUCGCAGGCCAAGCUGAGCUCGCACCGCAGGACGCGGCGGCACUGCCGGGCCCGGGGCACGGGGACCCGCGGGGACGGGGACGGGGAUGGGGACAGGAACCCGCGUGGGGACAGGAACACCCGCGGGGACGGGGAC